AUGGAUAAACUUAAGGAACUUCAGGAGCCUUUUGUGGAUAGUGUAGAUCGCUUGAAUGAGACGUCUGCUCAACACACUUUAGAUCACGUUCGACUUCCACAAAUAAAGCUACAAACAUUUAGUGGAAACAUCGACGAAUGGAUGAGUUUUCGUGAUUUGUACACUUCUCUCAUCCAUUGGAAGACUGAUCUUCCAGAUGUAGAGAAGUUUCAUUAUUUGAAGGGCUGUCUGCAAGGUGAGCCGAAAAGUUUGAUUGAUUCUCUUCAAAUUACGCGGGCAAAUUAUCAGGUGGCCUGGGAUCUUUUGGUAAAACGUUAUAAUAACAGCAAAUUGUUAAAGAAGAAACAAGUUCAAGCUUUAUUUAAGCUCCCUCAACUUUCGAGAGAAUCCCCAUCGGAACUGCAUUGUUUGGUGGAAGAGUUUCACAAGGCUGUUCAAAUACUGGAUCAGGUAGUUCAAGCUGCUGAUUACAAAGAUUUGUUGUUGGUACACUUAUUAACCAGUCGUUUAGAUCCAGUUACGCGUCGCAGUUGGGAAGAGCACUCAGCUUCUGAAGAACAAGAAACAAUCAAUCAGCUUAUGGAUUUUCUUCAGAAAAAGGUCACAGUUCUGGAAUCUUUGCCGGUCAAAUCUGCUGAAUCUAAAUUUGUUCAUCAACAUCUUUCGAAACCACGGCUACCUUUUGUGAAAACAAGCUACGGGUCUUUUCAAACGUCAGGUUCUAAUUGCCCCAUGUGUUCUGCUGGUCACUUCUUGCACGAGUGUGCUGAUUUUAAAAAACUCAAUGCAACUGAAAGGGAUUCGGUCUUAUUGAAACAAGCGUUGUGUCGAAAUUGUCUCCGAGCUGGGCAUCAGUCAAGGGACUGCAAAUCGAAAUUUUCUUGUCGGAAUUGCAAGGGACGCCAUCACACUUUGGUUUGCUUUCGAUAUGGUAACGGAAAUACUGCUAGCACAAGUAAUUUAAAUCACCGGAACAAUGGUAAUACGGUAAAUGCUGCGAAUGUCGAGUCAGACGAGUUAGAGCAUGUCACGUCAGCGUCGGCAUCAGGUGUUAAGCGUCCAUCUACGGUUUUGCUAGCCACGGCGGUUGUUUGGUUGGAGGAUGAGCAUGGCGUUAAGGUUCCAGCGAGAGCUCUUCUCGAUUCCGGGUCGGAAUGCAAUUUUGCUACAGAAAGAGUGAGUCAACUCAUCAAUGCAAGUCGGAAAAAGGUGUCGGUUACAGUCCAAGGAAUUGGUCAAUCUAAUUCACAGGUGAAGCAACAAAUUCAAGCAAAGAUUCGUUCGAGAAUUUCGGAUUUUACUUUAAUGGCGGAUUUCUUAGUUUUGCCUAAGGUUACAGCAAACUUACCAACGCAACCCGUAGAUAUUUCGGGCUGGAAGAUGCCCCAGGAAAUAACUUUGGCGGACCCAGCAUUUUUCAAAUGCAGAUCAGUAGAUCUUGUCUUAGGAAUUGAAUCGUUUUUCUCGUUCUUCAAAUCAGGUCGGGAAAUUUCUCUGGGCAACAACCUCCCAACACUGAUUGAGUCUGUUUUUGGAUGGGUGAUUUGCGGUGGUCAAUCUUUAUCAAAAACAAGUGACCAAAUCACCUGUAAUGUGUCAGUUUCGGAAACUAUAGAGGAAAUGGUUUCUCGGUUUUGGUUGAGCGAGGAAAUCGAUGUUGGUCCCAGUUUUUCGCCUGAAGAAGCGCGCUGUGAAGAAAUUUUCAAACAAGACGUUCAACGUUCGGAAGAUGGUCGGUAUGUUGUCAGUUUACCAAAGAACGAGUCUGUUAUUCAGCGUUUGGGUGAAUCGAAGAGAAUUGCAAUCGAUCGUCUCAAAGGUACAGAGCGCAGGUUAGCUCGGAAUCCUGCUUUACACGAGGAAUAUCAUAAAUUUAUGAAUGAAUACAUUGAAUUGGGUCAUAUGCAAAAGGUUGAGGAAAGGGAUUCCAAAAAGCGGUGCUUCCUCCCACAUCACCCAGUUCUAAAAGAGGCCAGUACAACUACUAAAGUUCGUGUUGUUUUCGACGCAAGUUGCAAAACUUCUUCGGGGAUUUCAUUAAACGAUGCCUUGCUGUUGGGUCCGACAAUUCAGCAAGAUCUUCGAUCUAUCAUUUUGCGAAGCCGAACAAAGCAAAUUUUGAUAGUUUCAGACGUCGAGAAAAUGUUCCGCCAAGUUUACGUUAGGAAGGAAGACAGGCCUCUGCACUGCAUUCUGUGGAGAAGUUCUCCAGAAAAGGAAAUAGAUGUUUACGAAAUGAAUGCGGUUACAUACGGUACAAAGCCUGCUCCAUUUUUAGCCACUAGAGCACUGAAACAAUUAGCUAUGGAUGAGAAGGAGCACUAUUCAAGAGCAGCUCAGGUACUUCAGACUGAUGUCUAUAUGGAUGACGUCAUCACGGGAGCAGACUCAAAGGAAGAAGCAAUUAUGUUGCGCCAGGAACUCGAUGCAAUCAUGAAGUCAGGUGGAUUUUUACUUCGAAAAUGGGCCUCGAACUGCCCUGAGGUGUUGGACGGCAUUUCAGAGGAAAAUUUAGCGAUAAAGGAGUCGGAAGAAAUCUUGUUAGAUCCAGAUCCGACAGUUACAACCCUUGGUUUGGUUUGGAGGCCAAAAUCAGAUAUUUUGAAGCUUAAAUUUCAAAUUCCACGGUUGGAAUUAACGGAACAAUUAACAAAACGGAAGAUCUUAUCAGUAAUUGCGUCCUUGUUUGAUCCAUUGGGUUUGGUUGGAGCUGCUAUUACAACAGCAAAGAUCUUUCUACAAUUACUUUGGACUUAUGAAGAUAGUAAUGGUAAAAAACUGGAUUGGGAUUCACCUUUACCCAAAAUGGUGGGUGAGGAAUGGUGGAAAUUCUACAAACAACUUCCCUUGCUGCAAGAAAUUUCUAUUGGUCGUUGCCUUAUCAUUCCCAAGGCUGUUUCGGUGGAAAUACAUUGUUUUUCGGAUGCGUCGGUCAAAGCUUUUGGCACGUGUGCUUACGUGAAAAGCAAAAAUGCAGAAGGCAGUGUUUGGAUACGUUUAGUAAGUUCUAAAUCCAAGGUAGCCCCACUCAAGUGCCAGUCGAUUCCACGUUUGGAGCUGUGUGGCGCCUUGAUGGCUGCUCAACUUUACCAAAAGCUAGCGGAAUCUUUACAAAUAUCGUGUAAGGUACAUUUUUGGACAGACUCCUCGUGCGUAUUGCGUUGGCUGGAAUCGACACCCACCACAUGGACCACUUACGUUGCAAAUCGUGUUUCAAAAAUACAAAUUAUAACCGAAGGCCACACUUGGAGUCAUGUUGCGGGAAUUGAUAACCCAGCGGAUGUUAUUUCGCGUGGAAUAUAUCCAGAAUCCUUAUUAGAUAGUUCGCUUUGGUGGCACGGACCCAGUUGGUUGGUUAUGGAUUCAGAAUUUUGGCCGAAACCGGUCGUACCUUUGUCAAGCGAUGUUGAAAAGGAAAGAUGUCGGAAAAUCGUUGCUAAUGUCGCUGCACCUUUUGCAGAGUUCAACAUCUGGUACAUCAGCAAACACGCCACAUACACAGAACUAAUACGAAGAACUGCCUAUUAUUUACGAGUCAUGGAAUUGCUGAAACUGCCUAAAGAGAAACGGAAAGGGUCAGAAUUUCUGACAACAGCGGAACUAAGGCAUGCAGAAUAUAUCUUAAUUUCCCGAGUUCAAAGAGAAACGUUUCCCAAUGAAUGGAAGGCUUUGUCAUCUGGUCAAGUAGUUGCAUGUAAAUCCCCUCUACGUUGGUUCAACCCUUACAUCUCACCUGAAGAUGGAAUCAUGAGAAUCGGUGGCAGAUUAAAUCGUUCACAGGAAUUAUCAGAUACGAAACACCAGAUUAUUUUACCGGCAAACAACCUUUUCACUCGGAAAUUAUUAGAACACUAUCAUGAAAAGCUGAUGCAUGCAGGCCCUCAACUAAUGUUAGCCGUUAUAAGGUUGAAGUACUGGCCCCUUGCAAAUGGGAGAUCUGCCCCCUGCUCGGGUAACACCGUCUAG